UACUGAUGCCCUUCUCAAUCUACAGGGGAAGUACAGGUAUUCCUAUAGACUAUAUAGGUUGCCUACCAGCCCCUGCUGCUGUGUUUUUACCUGCCGAUUUUAUGAACAGUUAAAUCACAGGAGCAGGCUGAAGCAGGGUUGUGUGUGUGUGUGUGUCUGUCUGUCUGUCUGUCUGUCAUUUGACAAUCUUGGCAGAGAUUCUCCUUCAUCUAAUCCUAUGACAUGGGGAUGCACCAGAACACCAUUGCAUGUAUCACACACAUUAAGCGCAAAGACAUGGUUUCCUGCUCUAAAAGAGUAUACAAUGAAAACAUAAAAUCAGUGCCAAGUGAACAUAAAAAUCAAAAGGAAAGCCAGUAAAGUGUAAGCCCAGACUGGUCUGGUCAGCAAAAUAGGCAGGGGAUUCCUCACCCCCCAGUUACUACCCAGCCUGUGCCAAGAUUUGCACAAGCACUGGAUAGAGGGAUAAAAUAGACUGCCACAAAGCAAGUCAGACACAUAUGUUAUCUAGCCCAGAAUGAUCUAGAAACCGUGACAGGCAUACAGACUCAACACACGAUUCAUCCAACUUUUUAGUGAGGGUAGCUUGAAAGCAAAAGAAUAAAUGACUCAUGUUUCCUCUUGUCAUUCUUCUGUGUUUCAUUCAAAGCUGAAGAUGUGUGUAUUUCCUGUAGAGAUACAGUUCCCCACACAUCCUGAAGCAUGGAGAAGAACACCUGUCACCCCAGGGGAGAAUGUGUGUGUGCAUCUCCCAAGCUUUGGAGCUCAUCUAAAACCACUUUGACAGUUUGGAGUAAAGAUAAAGGAGUCUGCUCCUAUCCUUCCAGGAGCACCCUCUUAUAUUAUGGUGAUCUUGGCAACAGGAACUCAUGGUUUAAACUGAAUUGUAAAUGUCCCUUUCUGGCAGCUGUAAAUGAUAUGAUGCCAGGAUGCAGGAGCCCUUACUUACCCAGAGCUUUCCCAGGAGGUUUUUCACACAUAGCUUUAUGCCCCGGGGUAUCUGAAGAGUGAAUCUGCUUCGCAGCAGAUUCGCAAGAUGUUUACUUCAGGGAUUAAAUUGACACUUUACAUAGCUGUGGGAUCUUCCUGCACUCCCUGAAAUCUUUCUCCUAUGUGCAGUCCUACUGUUUGUUUCAAUUUUCCCCCUCCAACCAAUCACAUCCCAGGAGGAGGUGUGAGGCGGGUGCCUCCCUUCAGCAUUAUUAUUUUUUAGUUUGACAUCCAGGUGGAUGUCCGCAAAAGUGACAAGUCAAAGCAACAGAACUUAACCCCAAUCUGCAGUCUCCAUUGUUAAGCUUCCAAACAUCUGCAUAUCCAAACAUCUGCAUAUGGAAGCUGUAUUGCUAUUGUGACCAAACUUUGAAGACACACAUUUUGCUUGUGCUUGCGUUUAACUCAGGAAUUCCUCUCUCCCUCCUCCCCUUCUGGACUCCAUAGAAUUGCAUCAAUCUGCCACAACCCCUCCUCCUGCCUCCAGUGCUUGCAAUUGCAAAUCACUCAAAGAACACAGCAGACUGAGCUGUCAGACUCUCCUUUGCUGACAGCUGGGUGGAUUUAUGGAAAUCCACUCAGCAGACUUUUUUUUUUUAAAACCACAAAAGUGUGAGUAAGCUGAAUAGUUGGCAAUGGCCCCUCUGCACAUCAAAGGAAAACGUUGGGUUUUCUUCAAGAGCCGCUGGAAAUACAGGAUUUUUUAAAAAGCCGGACAUACUUCAGGGUAAGCCAGAAUGCCCAGCCUCGCUUUGGGGGGAAACAGAGUCAUGUCUGUUCUGGCCCAUGAUACGUCAGGGUAAAUACAACUAAUAUGUGGACUGGCACACUCCAAUCCAGAGUGGAUUUGAAUUAAAAGUCAUGUGGGUAAAGCCUCCAGACAGCAGGCUUUACCACAAGUUUUCUGUGAAGCUUUACUGCGAGUUCAAAGUUGCAAAAAAACAAAACAAAACAAAACAAAUGCAAAAAGUGGAUUUGUUUACCCUGGAUAUAAAUCAGGCUACACUUUAAUGCCCAAUGAGAUGCCUGAAUUGUGUGUUAAGGGCUCCCUGAGUUUGCAGGGACUUCGGGGUGAAUUUGACAGAUAUGUGAAUGCACAGCUCCAUUCUGGACGAGAUGCAAACUAACAGCCGGGUGUGAAAAAGUUGCUGGACAAUAUCACUCACCCUCUGAAUCAAAGAGCACGACCUCAUUACAUUCUACAGACUGUCCCGGUUCAACCACAGAUAGCCUGCAGCUUCCUUUCCUUACAAUAUGGUACUAUUUAUCCAUCCCUACCAGGUUUCCUAGGAGCUCCUAAAUUAGUUCGCACUUAAUAGCAAUUUAAACAGCAUACUAGUUGGGACUCUUCUUUGUUGAAGAUUUAUGCUCUGGUAUCAAAAUAAGUUAAGCUUGAGGGCCAGACUAGAUGUUGCUUUAUGCACAUGACUGAGGCUAGCAUGCUUAUGCAUUCAUUAAGCAGCAAAUGAAUGAUAGGGUCUCUAAUGGAUCAGGAUGCAGGGGUGCGGGAGGGAGGGACCCGCUGUCACAGUCCUCCUAAUUCAGAUCCUCUCAUAGCUAAGCUGCUCUUUGCCUUUGGGGGAAAGGUCCCAUUGGAGCCAUUGGGUGGGAUCUGGUUGCUAUUUACUGUAUAAAAAACAAGGUGUAUUUAUGUGCUUGAAGUAACCUGCAUGUAUAUAAGGAAAUAAAUAACCUAAAGGCAGAAACCUAAAGAACUUUUCUGAUGCAUGCUGGGGGAGACACAUUAACAUUCAGUUCCACAGAUCUCCUAUUCAAUAGGCCUUAGGUCUGGACAUAAGUUGAAGAAAUCUUUGCUUCAGCCAGCAUGAUCUUGAUGCCAACUGCUCAUCUGCUGGAACUUUUGUGUCAAGCUAUAUCUUAAACCUAGGUCAUUUUGACUUGUUUUGCAAUGCAGUGUAUGCAGUGACUCAGCAAUUUAAUGGAAACUGUUUCUUCUUUUAAGGUAGGAAUCCUAUGCACACUUACUUGGAAAAGAGUUUCAGUUGAGUUCAGUGGGACUUUUUUUCACUAAACAGAAGGAUCAGGUUGCAAAGCAUGGGGUGUAGAAAAUGAAACUAUUACAGGAGUUAUCAAGGAAUUAAAUGAACAUGUCUGUUAUCCAAAUCAAAUUGCUUAGGAUCUCUAAAAUAGAAUUUUAUCUGCCUUAACUCUGUCCCAACAUUCAUGCCAAAAUUCACUUUAAAAAACCCCAAAUAAUCAGAGGACACGUGCAUCUGCAAAAAUAAAAACAAUGGUCAGAUUGCAUGAACAGUAUCAUAUGCAAAGCCAUAACACAAGUUUCUUGUGAAUCGGUAAUUAUUCCCCUACUUGUAAGAAUUUAAACUUCAACGCUGUCUAACAGUAACAACUAAACACAAUCUGCUUCCAGUGGAUAAAUAUUAAGAGAGAAGACUGCCCAUAGGGAAGUAUCUCUUAAGAGAAGCAGAUAAGGCAUAGAAUUGCCCAGAUUGGCUCAAAACUAUGAUGAUCCCAUCUCUCUCAUAUUGUCCUUGGGUCAGGAUUAAGGCGCUCAUGUUGUGUCAGAAUGUACUUCCUUGACUUUAUUCUUUCAGUCACCCAUGCUGAUUGCGUGGGUGCUGAACGAUUGCUAUUCCCACUUUUGUCCAUUUCCCUGUUGCGAAGCAACAGGCAUUUAUAGAAAGAUGAUUGGCAGGUUUUUUUACUGUUGCUAAGCAACCCACUCUGGAGCUGAAAUAGUGGGUUUGUUUUUAGAAUUGGAAUGCCAGUCUGAAGGAAUGGUGCCUCUCCCCUUCCUUCCUUCCUUCUUAUUGCUGAAAGCGCUUGGCAGAUAUGCAAGAACCAAAUCCAUCCUCACUUCCUUUCUCAAGGUGCCCUUGAUGUUUGGCUUUUUGUAUCUCUUUGUAUGCUCCCUGGAUGUGCUGAGCUCUGCCUUCCAGCUGGCAGGAGGUAAAGUAGCAGGAGACAUUUUCAAGGACAACACUAUCCUCUCCAACCCAGUGGCAGGACUUGUGGUGGGAAUCCUUGUCACUGUCCUGGUCCAGAGCUCAAGCACCUCUACCUCCAUCAUUGUCAGCAUGGUUUCUUCAGGGCUGCUGGAGGUAGGUUCUGCCAUCCCCAUCAUCAUGGGCUCCAAUAUCGGCACCUCAGUCACCAACACCAUUGUGGCACUCAUGCAGGCUGGUGACAGAAAUGAAUUUGAGAGGGCCUUUGCAGGUGCCACUAUCCAUGACUGCUUUAACUGGCUGUCAGUGCUGGUUUUGCUGCCUCUUGAGGUAGCCAGCGGCUAUCUGCACCACAUCACCAAGAUUGCUGUGGCAACUCUCAGCUUCCGUAGUGGACAGGAUGCUCCAGAGUUGCUGAAGGUCAUCACAGAACCCUUCACUGGCCUCAUUAUCCAGCUGGAUAGGUCAGUGAUCACAGGCAUUGCCACAGGGGAUGAAAGCUUACACAACAAGAGUCUGAUCCGGGUGUGGUGUGAAGCACUAGCCCCACAGAUUCCUUCCACAGGCACUAGAGGAAGGCUCCUGAACUGCAGCUCCCUCGCUCCAUGCAGUCUGGAAAGUGCUGGGAACCACAGCAGUGCCAUGCAACAGAAAUGCAAUCACCUCUUUGUGGAUUCCUCUCUGCCAGAUUUGGCUGUGGGCCUCAUGCUGCUGGCUGGCUCACUGAUUGUGCUGUGUACCUGCCUUAUCAUGCUGGUCAAACUGCUCAACUCUGUGCUCAAAGGCCAGGUGGCCAGAGCUAUCCAGAAGGUCAUCAACACAGAUCUGCCAUCCCCUUUCGGCUGGGCCACUGGUUACUUCGCCAUGGUUGUUGGUGCUGGAAUGACUUUUGUGGUACAGAGCAGCUCAGUCUUCACUUCAGCAAUCACCCCACUAAUUGGCCUUGGAGUGAUUAGCUUAGAGCGUGCAUACCCACUCACCCUGGGUUCCAACAUCGGAACGACCACUACUGCUAUUCUAGCUGCCCUGGCCAGUCCAGGAGACAAGUUGGCUAGUGCUUUCCAGAUUGCCCUCUGCCAUUUCUUCUUCAACAUCUCUGGAAUCUUGCUGUGGUAUCCACUGCCUUGCACCCGCCUGCCCAUCCACAUGGCCAGAGCGCUUGGUGAGCGUACAGCCAAAUACCGCUGGUUUGCAGUUGUCUACCUGAUCAUCUGCUUCCUGUUAUUGCCCUCUUUGGUUUUCGGACUCUCCAUGGCAGGUUGGCGGGUCCUAGUGGGCGUGGGAGCCCCUUGUCUGAGCCUUCUGGCCUGUGUGAUCUUGGUUAACAUAAUGCAGGUACGCAGCCCCAGCCGAUUGCCCAAAUGGCUUCAGAACUGGAACUUCCUACCCCACUGGCUGCACUCCCUGAAACCCAUGGAUGGGCUCAUCACCAGAGCUACGCUGUGCUGCACUGAUCACUACUCAGGCAGCCCAGAUGGACACAGCGAAACAUCUCCUCAGAUUAAAGCCAGAGCAGGCCUGCACAAUCCUGCACUCACCCUCAGAGAGGAAUUGUCUCUACCACCAAGACCCUCACCCUGGCUAAGUUCCAAGCAAGUGCAGAGCACUACCCGUCUGUAGCCUGGAGCACAGCUCUCUGUUGCCUGCAAAUGGUGCUUCCUCAGCAGAAAAGCAAUGAUAGACUCAACCUCUGGAUCAAGAUCGUGCCACCGCCGCUGUGCAGGGGGUGCAUGUUGACUAUGAGUGUUUGUGACUGCAGAUAUGGCUACCACUGUAUUUCUGCUAUGUGCAUCUGUUGUGGGUGCAGCUGCCGUUGCGCAUGACUUUAUCUGGGAUGUCCGUAUGCCUAUGACAAUGCAUGCGACUGUAAAUCUUUGUGUGCAGUGUGCUUCAGUGAAUGUGUAUGAAACUGACCUUCAGCCUCAACAACUCUAUUUGCACCUUUCAGCAUGAAGGAUGUGUAUGCCUUGCACUGGAUAUCCUGUUCUGAACUGUCUUUGAAAUCUGAAUAAUACCUGAACUCCAUAUUUUCUGCAUAAUGGCAGCAGGAAAGAGAAUCCUGUGGUGGUACUGGUGCUUGCCCUAAGCAUGAACUUUUUUUUUUUUUUGGCAGGAUGCAAAAUUCUUUUGCAAUAUUAAGCAUAAUGAAGUAGUGGUGCUUGGAGAGCAUUCUCCACUUUCCUGUCUUGACAGGGAUCAAUGUUAUUGUGUUAGUAGCCUCUUACCUACCUCUUCACUCUUAGACUGAACGUUCUUGGGGGGCAAGUCAUGUCACAGUACCUGGCACAAUAUUCCUUUGUCUACAACUGAGGCUCCUAGAUACUGCUGCCAUAAUAUUUAAUGAAAAUAAAUGUAGAAUUACUAUGUAAUAUCUUGUUAUCUUUACAUCCAUGGUUCCUUUAUUUCUAGAAAAUAAUUCUAGACUGUUUUCAAGGUGGGCUAUUAAGGAUGUGAUCUGGCAAGUUGUUUGUAGGUGUUUGUUUCCCACAGUGAAACAAUUGACUCAAAAGCUGAGGGUUGCUUUAUACCGCAAAUGCAGAAUUCACAAGUCUGAUAUGAAUGCAGACCCAGGGAGGAAAAUUCAACUAGCUGGAAAGUCCCUGCGAUGUUUUACCUUUUAUCAAACACUUCAAGUUACAUUAUUCAUGUAACAUAUUAAGUAGCUGCCAUUUGCUGCAAUAUUGGUAGCACUGAGAUGGUGCAAAAUCUCUGUACAUGUGUAAAUGUGGGAAAAUGCAUAUAUUUUGUUAUGUGACUCCUCUGCUCAAACUAUAAACCAGUUUUCGUUCAAAUGAAAAUCCAGAUUGUGACGAAUGUGAUGUUUAUCAUUAACAAAAUGUAGGACAGCAUUCUCUUUGUCACUAUACCCCAUCUCAGCCAAAGUACAGCUGAGGGUUAGAAUGCGUAUCAAGAACUAUCUGUAGUCAGUAUUAGCUAAUUAAAACACUGUCCUUUAAAAAGAAACAAUUUCCUUUGUAUUUUGGGAACAUAGGAAGUCCUGUAUGAAAGGACUUAAUCCUAUUAAUCACAAUGUGAAUGCUUGAGAAAAUAUAUUUUGGGGGAAGAAUCUGAUGUGUUAUCUCUGCUCUGCUGCAGGCAGACUCUGCUGCAGGCAGACUCUGAAUUGUCAUUUAACAGCAACACCGAAUUAUUAUUUUGUAAAUUGAGCUGUGAAGUCCAUGUCAUUUUAUACACUUAAAGCAAUAUUAGAAAUGCUUAUUAAUUGCUUUAUAAAAUGUUUCCAAUAAUUCUGUACCCUACAAAAUAAAUAUUUUCA